CCUGGGCGUGCGCUCGCCUCCAGUUGAACCAGCCAUGGCUGGGGAAAUAGUCUAUGCUGAUUUAAACAUCCGUGGAGAUUCGUCCCUCACCAUCCGACCCCAACCUCCUCACCACCUCAUUUUUCAGGGCCCCUGCAGUAAAGCAGAGACCGGCGCAGGCUCCGUGGCCCCCGAGAGCGACGGGGUCACCGGGAGGAACGGAAAUGGUACAGACUGCAACUCCAGCUUGGCGUCUCACCUAAGACGGCAUCUGUGCGACUCCCCCCAGAGCAGCUCAGCAGGGCCCCCCGGCUGCAGACUCUGUCCCCCGACCUGGCUGCUGCAUGGGGACAAGUGCUACUGGCUUUCCAAGGACAGCAAAAAGUGGCACGAGAGUCGUGAGGACUGCGCGGCGAAGCGCUCUCGGAUGCUUGUGAGCCAGGACCAGCGUGAGAUGGCAUUCAUAAAAACCAUCACCGAGGGGAAAUACCCCGUUUGGAUUGGACUGCACCUGACAACCUCCACGGGAAACUGGACGUGGCUGGAUGGUUCCCUGUUGAAUCAAACAGGCUCCUAG